AUGGCGAAUGCAGAGAGACUGAUGAAUCGGAUCGUGGACCUCAAGUUCGCCUCGAAGAGCCUGCAGUGCCAGGCGCGAAGGUGUGAGAAGGAGGAGAAGUCGGAGAAGGUGAAGCUUAAGAAGGCAAUGGAGAUAGGAAACAUGGACGGCGCCCGGAUCUGCGCCGAGAAUGCCAUCCGGAAGCGCAGCGAGCAGAUGAGCUACCUCCGGCUCGCCUCCCGCCUCGACGCCGUCGUCGCACGGCUCGACACCCAGGGCAAGAUGCAGAGCGUGGGGAAGUCCAUGGCCUCCAUUGUCAAGGUACUCGACUCCUCCCUGGCCACCGGGAACCUGCAGAAGAUCUCGGAGACGAUGGACAAGUUCGAGAGGCAGUUCGUCGACAUGGAGGUGCAAGCAGGUUUCAUGGAGAGCUCCAUGGCGGGAUCCACCAGCCUCUCCACCCCCGAGGGUGAGGUCACCAAUCUGAUGCAUCAGGUUGCCGACAAUUGCGGCCUCGAGGUCGCCAUUGGUCUGCCGCAGACGGCCGUCCAUGCUGUUCCAUCCUUGGUGGAGGAGAAGGCGGAAGUGGACGAGGACGACCUCUCCAGACGCCUUGCCGAGCUUAAGGCCCGGGGCUAA